CUUUGCAGCUCGGGCUCGAGGCUCGAGGCGGGCGCACCGAGGCGUGAUGCGGUCGUGACGUAGAUUCAGUCGGGGAUCUUUAAUCCUCUGCCGCAGCAGCACAGCCGGUAACCAGAGGAGGGGGUAGCACGGUCGGACAGGAAUGGACCACACAGGCUAGCCUAGCCUACUACAAGGCCGAAAUAGCUCGGUCUUUAGAUAGAUGAUAAAAUCACCGAGUAAAACAGAGAUUACGACUAGAACGAGCCGACUAUUUGCAUAGGCCAGACCCCCUCCUCCUGCCUCUGCCUGUAGCCUAUUCACAGACAUUUUACUAUUAAAGAGACCUCAUUUAGAGACGCUGCUUGAAAUAUAUUUUCAAACGCUUAUAUCUCUUUCAUUUAACAGCCGAAUUCGGUGUCUUUCAGCCGGCUGACGGAUCCUACGCCUUGUCCUGCCGGUUUCUUUGCGGCCAGUUGCGCCCCGGUUCGCCCUUCAGCAGCGUCGCCGCGUCUCCGCUGUGCGCAUCAGCAAAACAUGCAGGAUGAGCCUGUGGGGGUGACAACCACGCAAUCACCCCCGUCAACCGACGAAAAGGACAGCAACAGCAGCACGGUCAGCAAAUCCGGGAAGCAAACCGACAACCACGACAGGAGCUCAUUCACACCGGAUUACAACAAGACAGGUUUUCCCGAUUUCGAUCGAGGUCAUUUUUGCCCGACGCAGUCUAUCUGUGACCUUCAGCACAGCCGAAAAAUACAUCAGCAGUUAAGUCAGCACACUGAGUUUAGCCCCGCAGAGUCGCCCCCACCCCAGGGACAUUUCAGUCACCUGCCGCAGAGGCAGCCCUUCUCCAAGCCGGGCCACAGCGCUGCUGACCCCUGCGGCUCUCCAGCGGAAGAGGCUGAAGCCGAUGCUGCGUCGCCAUCGCCCACUUCCGUAACUCCAAACAAGAUCCAAAUGGACUCCCCUAUCGCCCACCAUAUAAAUAACGGCAAUGGCAGCAGCAGCACCGGCAACAUGUUGUCCGGAGGUCUCGGUGCCGCUUUCCCGAAUCUCCCCACCCAGGAGAUGCAGAGCGCCAGCGGGGGCUCGUCUUCACCUUCCCUCCCCGGGUUCGGCACCCCUUGGUCCGUCCAGACCAGCUCAUCGCCCCCUCCCACACCCAACUCCAUCAACCCCAUCCACGCGAACGCCAUUAAUCAGAUGCCCAGCACAGACUCAGACAACAGCUUCUACCCAGGUAUCCCCUCCUCCAUCAACCCGGCCUUCUUCCAGAGUUUUUCGCCGGUGUCAGCUAAUCCGUGCGCCGGGAUUAAUGUGCAGGGCUUCAGCGGUCCUUUCUCGCCCCAGAUAAACGUCCCUCAGCAGCCGCAGAGUCGCAGGUCUCCGGUCAGUCCCCAGAUGCAUCCCCAGCAGGGCGCCUUCCUGCAGCAGAGGAACAACUAUAACCAACACCAGCCCAUGGUGAAGCCGUCUCCCUGGGGCAGUCAUCAGGGGAACGGCUGGGGGUCCGGGGGGAUGUCCUGGGGCCGGGACCACCGCAGAGGGAGUGGCUUGGGCGUACCUGGCUCGGUCAGUCACGUCUCACCCCUGAAGAAGCCCUUCUCGAGCAACGUCAUUGCCCCUCCCAAGUUCCCACGCUCCGGUGGAUCACUGGGGCCUAAGUCCUGGAUAGAGGAGAACAUGUUUCGCACAGACAGCAACAGCAACACCUUGUUGCCCCUGCAGGACCGCUCCAGGAUGUACGAGAGUCUGAACAUGCACUCCCUGGAGAGCUCUCUGAUUGACAUCAUGCGAGCCGAGCAGGAUCCGAUGAAAGGCCGUGUGGGAUGCCCUAACCCCGGGGCUGACGGCCUACUCAUGCUCAAUGCCAGGAGCUAUGGGAGACGUCGAGGCCGAUCCUCCCUCUUCCCAAUCGAUGACAAUCUCCUUGACGAUGGCCACGGCAACCAGGGUGUCCCGGGAGUCCUCGGCUCCCCCAACUGUUACCCCCACCAAAACGGGGAACGCAUUGAGCGCUUCUCCCGUAAGGUGUUUGUAGGAGGUUUGCCCCCUGACAUAGAUGAAGAUGAAAUAACCUCAAGCUUCCGCCGCUUUGGUCACCUGGUGGUGGACUGGCCGCACAAAGCAGAGAGCAAAUCCUACUUUCCACCUAAAGGAUACGCAUUCCUGCUGUUCCAGGAGGAGAGCUCAGUGCAGGCUCUGAUUGAAGCCUGCAUGGAGGAGGAUGGGAAGCUUUACCUGUGUGUCUCCAGCCCCACCAUCAAGGAUAAGCCUGUGCAAAUUCGACCUUGGAACCUGAGCGACAGUGAUUUUGUUAUGGAUGGAUCUCAGCCCCUGGAUCCCCGCAAGACCAUCUUUGUGGGAGGUGUCCCUCGUCCCCUGAGAGCGAUUGAGCUGGCCAUGAUUAUGGAUCGUCUCUAUGGUGGAGUGUGCUACGCAGGAAUUGACACUGAUCCAGAGCUCAAGUACCCCAAGGGGGCGGGGCGAGUGGCCUUCUCCAAUCAGCAGAGUUACAUCGCCGCCAUUAGCGCAAGAUUUGUCCAGCUGCAGCAUGGAGACAUUGACAAGCGGGUGGAGGUGAAGCCCUACGUCCUGGAUGAUCAGCUGUGUGAUGAGUGCCAAGGUGCACGCUGUGGAGGGAAAUUUGCUCCCUUUUUCUGCGCUAAUGUCACCUGUCUGCAGUACUACUGUGAGUUCUGCUGGGCCAACAUCCACUCCCGCGCUGGACGAGAGUUUCACAAGCCCCUGGUCAAAGAGGGCGCCGACCGCCCGCGCCAGAUUCACUUCCGCUGGAACUAGAGAUGCGAGCGCAGCCAUGGUGACACAGUCAGGGGGAAGGGAAAUGAAACGCUGGCUAACAGGAAAAAGAGCAUCGCUCUGCCUCUCCUGCUCUCCUAAGCUAUCAGUAUAUUCGAGUACGUAACACUAUACAGUAUAUACUAUAUAUAUCUAUAUAUCUUUUGUAGCAGCCAAACACCACAAGCCUCAGUUUUUCACCAAAACCCCCCUCACAUCUCAGGCUCUGACAACUCUACAACUCUUUUGUGGUACUUUCAUCUUUUCUAAGAGGAGAUUUAAAAAGAGAUUGAUUUUUGUAGGUUUUUUUAUUAUUAUUAUUUUUGUAUGUGAGAUUCAAAGUAGAUAUGGGAAUGUUUUUGCAUGGGGGCAGCUCGUCUGUCUGUUUGUCUGCUGCUAGCCACCCCACAGUGCGUGUAGUGCACACUUGUUUCUGGGAAAAUCUUGAUUCUCUAAUGUUGACGCCUGCCCCAGGUCAUUAACCAAAGGUAGCAAAAUGAUAGGAAACAUACAAUUGACACAUUUCUGCCGCAAAACAAACAGUUGUUUUUUAAUGUUGCCAUGGACUCUUUCUUCUUGUUAGAGAGUUUAUUAAAAAAAAAAAAGAUAAUAGGGUUAUUUCUGCAUUCAUACUGACCCAUAGAGUGAUACCUCAAAAUACUAAAUCUGGUUUCUGCUAACUGUAUUCAACAUUUAUACUUAACAAGCUAUUUUAGAAGCUUUGCUGCUAUAUAUACUUAUAUAUGAGUAGAUGUGUAGGUAUUAUAUUUAAUGCCAUUUAUAAACCAGAAUCAUGUAAAAUGAAAUGCAGUACGCACUCAAACACUUAUGGCCCCCAUUGCCAUGGAAAGAGUUAACGUGCAUGAUAUGACAAUAGGCUUAGCUACACAAAUAGCAUGCAGGAUGGAAGUGAGGAAAAAAAAACAACAAAAAAGCAAAAAACAAACCACUGAAAUCAUGAUUAAAGACGAGUCAUAAAAUUCUAUAGUGAGUAGCAUGAUACUACAUACUACAGAUGCCUAAGAGGGAAAAAAAAUCAGACAAAGCUAAAUAAGUUAAAAAAAACAAAAAAAACAUUUAAACUUGCAUGCAUUGAUGUUUAUCUGUUGUUUGAUCCGUUUACAUACUUAACGAUACAAAAAGUGAUAUUGGUUCUACUGUAGAUUUAGUGGACGCCAUCGUUUUGUGACAUGGUGGCGAAAAAAAAAAGAAAAUAAUAAUAAUCCUGUCGAGAAGCAGAGUGGUGUUCAGUGGUUUGUGUUUGUGUCGUCCCUAUGCUGUGUGACUCCUUGUUAGUGUAGACUGAGGCUCUAGUUUAGUUACCAACACAUUAUGUAGAGGAGAAUUAAACCUCAUUACUCUGCCUUCACCCUUCCUAUCCCGUUCUUUGUAUGGUUCCAAAGGUUAAUCUGAUAUAGCAUCAUCCUGGCAAACCAAACGCAAACAAAAGACUGGAUAAGCUGUGGGAGACUUAGCUGGGAGGAGUGUGUGUGUGUGUGUGUGUGUGUGUGCGUGUGUGUGCGUGUGUGUGUGUGUGUGUGUGUGUGUGUGUGUGUGUGUGUGUGUGUGUGUGUGUGUGUGUGUGCAGCGUGGAGUGUCCGAGACUGAAGGCCAUGUUAAUAAGCAUCAUUAGAACACGCUUUCCCAGCUCCUGGCACAGUUACUGGAAGAUAAAGUAACACAUCUCCCCAGCAAGUUUUUAAUAGGAUGACGGUCUUUUGGCGCGCUAAAGAUGAAACUCUCCUCUCUUUGUAUCGUUCGUCUGUUUGAUUUCAACCCUUUGAAAACACUUUAGGGACAAUCUUUCUGUGAGCAGAAGGACGGCGGCCCAGCUGUCCGUUUGGUACUGUACGAGUGUGUCGCUCUCGUGUCAUCGUGGUUUCGUGUUCCAUACUCCGGUGUGUGUAUGUGUGUGUGUGUGUGUGUGUGUGUGUGUGUGUGCUCCUUGGUAUCGGUGUUCAGGCGUCAAGUGUGUACUGUUACAAAACCUUAAUGGAACUGAGACUCUAAGUUGAUUUACUUAUUCAUAUAAUUUAAUUUGUUUAUGUCACCGGCCCUUCAGUAUCCCUAAUGUUUUUUAUAAUAUAUAUUAUGCACUACUUUUCUAUACCCCCCCUCACUCAUUUUAUUUCUAAUUCACCCUCCCCUCCCCCCUUACUGUAAGUGAUUUCAGUGCAGAUGUGGACUCCCUGAAAACCUCCACCUAUUUAUAAUUCUACAGAUGAUUUAUUAAAUUUUAUUUUUUCAUGAUUACUUAUUUAAGAUGUAGCGUGAAGCAGUGGUCUUAAGUUAUCUAUGUUCUGUAGAGCAGGAAUCCAAUAUUUUCUAAUAUAUUCUAAUGUAGUGUGGACGUUGCUAACCCUAACCCUCACCGGGAGUCAGAAGGGUGUAACGCGAUGGAAGGUAAAGAAACGACGUGGUGGCUCCCAUCGUCCCCGUGGCUUUAGUUCUCAUGGUGUCCGAUGUGAACAUGUUUGAAUAUCGUCACCUGUAACACUUGACUCGUGCUGUUUUUGUGAGGUUCUAUUUUCUAUGUUGAACACUGUUACUUUGUUCUGUAUGUGUCUUUGUUUUUGUAAAAAUCAUAUUUAUUUCACUAUUUUUGUAGACAAAAAAAAAACUAUUUGAUUUUGAUUGUAUUUUUCUAUUUAAAUGCGAUUAUUAUACAAUUUAUUUCCCCCCCCCACCCCCCCUCCAGUGCUAAUUAUGUCCAAAAGUUCUGUUCAAAGACAAAGAAUCAUGUCAUUAGUAAACACAUCAAAGGUUUUUGAUAUACAGUUGAAUUGAUUCUUAUUUUCAUACACAUUUCACUUGAAGGAAGGAAUCAUGAAGGUUUUACUAUAUUCUUGGAAGACACUUGAGAUUCUCCCCUGUCGCAUCGAGGCCGCAGCUGCCUGUCCUCGUAGAUGCUCUGAAACUUGAAUAUAACACAUUUUGAAAGGCUGACUAACCUCGAAUCUGUGUUGUGAUGUGCAAUACUGUUUCUAAUGUUUGUAUAAAAGUAAGAAUUACAGUGUAAACCUUUUUAAUGCAGAUUUAUUUUUUUCAUUGCAUAUUUUGCAGAUUUCUGAUCCACAGUGUCAUUUUUUACUGUCAGAAAAGAAACCCCGUUUUUUCAUUGCAACUAUUUUUAAAUCCAGAUAUCUUUGUACUGAUGUAAAUGAUUGUAGUUAUUUUGGAUAGUGUUUUGCUAACAAAAGGAGAGACUUUUUCAUGCAUAUUUCUAUUUCAUUUCAUCUUGUUUUAUCCCGCGUUUUUAUUUCGUUUAAUAGUAGCAGGAUUCUUGGAAUAAUUUUUCAUAUUAUAUGUCAUUGGUAUUAUUUUGUAUUUUUAUGUGGAAAUACACUAUAUAUAAUUUUAAGAUGCUAAUUGCUAAGAUAUUAUUUUGAGUUUAAUUAUUUUAAAGCUAAAUAUUUGUAAUUUUACUGUUAAAGUGACUAAUUUCUAAAUCAGAGUUUGUGUAUACAUUCACACAAAAGUGGUUUAUGAGGUGUUUGGAUUGUAAUUAUUACUGAAUGGUUCUUUGAUAUGCAAAAUGAAUAUCAUGUUUAUUUUUAUUUUUGUUGGUUUUGUAUUUAAAUGGGGUGUUGAUUACAAUCUUUUUUUUUCUUUCACUUCCUGAAUAAAGACCCAUUCUGUUUGGACACAA